AAGGCCACAGCUGGUGUUAUCUCGGCAAACUUCACAACCAGAUCAGGCUAGAGAAGCAGACGUUAAGACACGGGCAGACGACUAUCAUGGCUUCUGUACUAGGCUUCUUCUUUCUUUUUGUUGGCACAGCAUUGUCUGUCCAGCCGUACCAUGACCCCCACUGUGGGGGUAAGCAGGUCAUUGUUCACUUGUUCGAGUGGAAAUGGACGGAGAUCGCCAAGGAGUGUGAGCGUUAUCUGGGACCUAAAGGAUUUUGUGGGGUGCAGGUGUCCCCGCCCAUGGAGCAUGCGAUGAUCACCACCGAUGGUGACCGCCCCUGGUGGGAGAGGUACCAGCCAAUCAGCUACAAGCUGGUCAGCAGGAGCGGGAACGAGGCGGAGCUUAAGGACAUGGUCCAGAGAUGCAAGGCUGUAGGGGUCAGAGUCUACGUGGACGCCGUGGUUAACCACAUGGCCGGGCUGGGCAGGAAGGGGGUGGGGACGGCAGGGAGCACGUUCGACUCAGACGCCAAGGACUUCCCCGGGGUACCGUACACCAAGGAAAACUUCAACGACAGGAGUGACUGUCCUUCAGGGGACGGGAACGUUAACAACUAUGGCGACCCCAAGAACGUCCGUGACUGCUACCUGGUGGGUCUGACGGACCUGAAGGCCAGCCAGCCCUACGUGCAGGACAAGAUCAGCGGCUACUUCAACAGUCUCAUCGACAUCGGUGUGGCCGGCUUCCGUGUGGACGCCGCCAAACACAUGUGGCCCAAAGAUCUCGAGGCCAUUCUCACCAAGACCAAGGACCUGCCCGAGGGUGGGCGGCCAUUUUUCUUCCAUGAGGUCAUUGACCGAAACGACGGUGCCAUUAAAGUGGACGAGUACUUCCACCUGGGCUACGUCACAGAGUUCCGCUUCCCACAGAAGGUCAAAGAGGGCGCCAGUGGGGAUCUGGGUCGACUGGGGAGUGUCUACGACCCGGGCUGGGGCAUGGCACCCCCCGACCAGGCGUUCGUGUUUGUGGACAACCACGACACACAGAGAGGCAACGAGGCACUCACCUACAAGAACGGCGCAGAAUACAAGCGGGCAGUGGCCUUCACCUUGGCCUACAACUACGGCUUCACGCGUGUCAUGAGCAGCUACUACUUCACCGAUAACUCUGCCGGACCCCCAAGGAACGCCGACCUGACCACCAAAGACGUGCCCAUCAAAGCUGAUGGCACGUGCGACAACGGCUGGGUCUGUGAGCACAGAUGGAAGCCUAUCGGCAACAUGGCGAUGUUCAGGACAGCUGUGGCCGGCACAAGUGUAGACAACUUCCGGUAUGAAAAUGGCGUCCUGUCCUUUAACAGAGGGAACAAAGGUUUCUUCGCCAUGAGCGUCAACAGCUUCAGUAUAACGGUCAACACAGGUUUACCUGCCGGCGAGUACUGUGACCUAAUUAGCGAAUGCGCCAAGAAGAUUCGAGUUGACGGAAGCGGUAACGCUCAAGUCAGUCCACAAGAUCCAUCGGAACCUUUUGUCGCCAUCAUUACACAAGGGGGAGACAACAUCGUGGUUCCCAUAGUAACCAGCAGCCCCGUGGUGACGGCGCCCACCUCGGGCCCCGGCCCCACCCCUGAGCCCGGGCCCACCACGGCCCCCACCACCCAGAAGCCGUAUGUGCCCUCUGGCAGCGAGGACUUCAAGAGGACCGUCAUCAUGGUGGAGAAACAGACAAAUCCUGGUCAAGAUCUCUUCAUUAGGGGAGGUAUUGACCACACACAACGACCAGGAUGUUCCGAUAGCUCCGCUGUGGCAUCGAACCCCUGCAACAUUCCCAUCAAACACACAGUCGUCUCGACAACAGCACACUACGACAAGGUCAACGCUUGGAGCGUGGGCGACAACUUCCUGGACUGGGGAGGAUCCGAACCUGGGCAGGGCUCGUACCUCGGCAAGCCGGCCGACGGUACGCCGGCAUUUUGGUCCACCAACGACCGGGCUAACGCGGGAUACAGCGCCCUGAACACGUAUGGCAGCCAUUACUGGAUCGUCGACUUUCAGAUGGAUUGUUCUAGAACAGAAAACGAGUUUUUCGAGGUCAAGGCCUUGGUGAAUGGAGCCUGGGAGGGGGACAUACGAGGGGCCCCCGCGUGCACGGGCCUAGGGUCGGCUGUGAGCCCACCCUACGAGAGCAAGAACCAUCUGGCUCGUUGUGGCUACAAGAACGUCUUCCACUUCGGCAGUUCAGCCUGUGAGAUAAGCCCCCUGUAGACAGGGUUCAAUCCUGCAGGCCCACUGUAGACAGGGGUCUACCUGCAGCCCUGCAAGAUAAGCCCACUGUAGACAGGGGUCACACCUGCAGGCCCACUGUAGACAGGGGUCAAUCCUGCAGGCCUGCAGGGGUCAAACUUUGUAAUUAAAGAAACUUGUAAAAUAAAGAUUGUUGGGAACUUACAA